CCACCACCACCCUUGGGCAGUAAUGCCUUGAAUAUCCGCGCCCGCCACGAACUUUGUUUCCCAGCUCUGCGCUGCCAAUGCUUUGGGCAGAACUACCUCAAGAUUGUUGAUUUGAAAAUCUUGGGACGGCAAUUGUCCGACCAACGCGUAAUCAUACCCCCCAAGUCUCAAUCCCGGCCACAAAACAAGGCAGAGAGACAGAAGGAAGGAGAAGAACAAUGGCAGUCUCUUCAGAAUCGAACGGCUACUUCGAUAACGCCGACACAAAUGGUGAGUCUGCAUCCACUGUUCCCCCGGGUCCGAAACUGCUCUGGAGACACCCAAACCCGACUUCGACGCCAAUGUACAAGUUCCUCGACUCUGUGAACCGCAAGUAUGGAUUGGAGAUGAGUAAUUACCAUGAUUUGCACCGGUGGAGCACUGGACAUAUCGCACAGUUCUGGGACAGGGUUUGGGAGUUCGUCGGGAUCAGAGCCCAGGGGCAGGCUUACAAGGUAGUCGACGAGUCAGCGCCUAUGUUUCCCCGACCUUCUUUCUUCGAGGGCGCGCGCCUCAAUUUCGCGGAGAACUUGCUCUUCCCCACACAAGAAGUUGAUCCCGAAAGCCCUGCCAUAAUAGCUGCAACGGAGACGACGCGAGAGACGAUUACGUGGACCGAGCUGAGAGAACGAGUGAGGCAAUGCCAGGCUGGUAUGCUGGCUACGGGAUUGAAAGAGGGGGAUCGCGUUGCUGGGUAUGUUGCAAACCAUACGAAUGCCAUUGUGGCGAUGCUGGCGGCCACUUCUCUGGGUGGCAUAUGGACUGCCGUGAGCCCUGAUACCGGUGUGCGCGCGGUGCUGGAAAGAUUGCGACAAAUUGAACCGGUGCUGCUGUUUGCGGAUAAUGCAUCAUUCUACAAGGGCCGCAGCCAUCCUGUCAUACCGAAAGUUGUCGAGAUAGCUGCGCAGCUGCCCACAUUACGCGCUGUUGUCGUUUUUCCCACAGUGUCUUCGGUCGACGCUGAUAUAUCCUCCAUUAAGGUGGCCGCUGGCACGGCAUACGAUUUUGCGACAUUCACAGGCCUUCAGCCGGCGUCGACGCUGACCUUCAGAUACUUCCAGCCGGAUCAUCCUGUGUAUAUUCUCUACUCUUCAGGCACGACGGGAGCUCCAAAAUGCAUUGUCCAUGGUGCCAUCGGCACUCUGCUCCAGCAUAAGAAGGAACAUAUCCUGCACUGCUCGAUAACACCGCAGUCUCGUCUCUUCUACUUCACGACAUGUACGUGGAUGAUGUGGCACUGGCUGGUGUCAGGCCUAGCAGCUGGUGCUACGCUCGUCCUUUACGAUGGCUCGCCAUUCCAUUACAAAUACCCUUCAGACCCUACUACCUCCGUCCCCGAUGACCUGGCCAUGCACCGUCUUAUCGACGAAGUCGGCAUCACUCACUUCGGUACAAGCGCAAAGUACCUCUCAAUCCUGGAGCAAAAGUCCGUAUCCCCAAGAGCAGCAGGCCUGUCUCUCAGCACCUUAGAAGCCAUCUACUCGACCGGCUCGCCCCUCGCGCCAUCCACUUUCUCCUACGUGUAUUCCUCCUUUCCCUCCUCCAUCAACCUCGGCAGCAUAACUGGCGGCACGGACAUCAUCUCGCUCUUCGGCGCACCAAACCCCCUCCUCCCCGUCUUCGAAGGCGAAAUCCAAGGCCCCGGUCUGGGAAUGGCGAUUCGCGCCUUCGACUACACGGGGCAGGACAUCACGGAGACGGGCGAGCCCGGCGACCUGGUCUGCGUGAAGCCCUUCAUAUGCCAGCCCGUAGGCUUCUGGGGUAAAGACGGCGACGACAAGUAUCGCAAGAGCUACUUCGAUCGAUUCCAGGACGCAAAAGGCGAACCCGUAUGGCACCAUGGCGACUUUGUCCGUUUCAACCCCCUAACCAGCGGGCUGUGGAUGCUGGGCCGUAGCGAUGGUGUCUUGAAGCCAGCCGGUGUGCGGUUCGGCUCCGCGGAGAUAUACAACGUCCUCCUGGAACAUUUCGCCGAAGAGGUCGCGGAUGCGCUGUGUAUUGGACGGAGGAGGGAAGAGGAUGUGGACGAGACGGUUGUUUUGUUCUUGAAGAUGGCGGAGGGGAAGACGUUUGAGCGGGGACUCGUCGAGAGGAUAAAGACGGUUGUGAGGACGGCGUUGAGCGCGAGGCAUGUGCCCGCAGUCGUGGACGAAUGUCCGGAGAUUCCGGUCACGACGAAUGGGAAGAAGGUCGAGCUGGCUGUUAAGCAGAUUCUUUGCGGGCUUAAUGUGAAGACGAGUGCCAGUGUGGCUAAUGCCGAGUGUUUGGAUUGGUAUAGGGAGUGGGCGAGGGCGAAUUGAUUAUCCUUGGGGUAUAUGCUAGAGGAGGAUGCUUGACGAUGAAGGUCAGCCUUUGCCGGUUGUUUUAGUAACGAGCAGAUUCGGGAAUGUGGGCUGUCCGUGGUAGAUGUCGCAUUCUUGGUCCCAGCUGCACGGUGACUUUUGUGGUAGGCGCUGUUAUUUCCGGCCGUCGGUGGCCGGGAGAUUCAGACCGGGGAGAAGCGGUAGUUGUGGACAGAGUACUCGUUGGGAAGAGAACAGCUUCUAUUGCUCAAAGAGUGACGGCAUCAUGUCCCGAUCUCUCUCCGGCGCCCCAGAUAGAGUUAUAUCAACUCGUCCAAUAAAGUCCAUGUACAGCU